AUGGUCGUCGACCCUGAUCAGUCAGUAGGCACUCUGAUUGGCCUGCGUAACAAGCUCGUUUUGCUGGACCGAAAAACUCAUAAUCGGAGGGUUCUCAUCCCGGAAGGUCAGAUAACAUGGGAGCAAGACGGUACCCACGUCACCGUCAAGGUUGGUUGGCAGGCAGCAACCAGCGUGCAUAUUUAUCUCAUAAACAGUGACAUCGGCUGCUUGACGGACAAUGGGACUCUGCAGAGUAAACUGGUACUGUGCUAUCUGCAUGCAGUCACGUCAUUCUGCAUCCCUGACCCCUUGACCAAGCACACAGGGACCGAACAGUCUCUCUCAAUCCUUCGCUCGGCAUCGAUACGGUCUUUCAAUCAACUACAGCCGGACAGUAUCUCGAUUCUAGAAAAGCUGGCGCAUCUCACACCACAGAGGAGAUAUUACCCUGCCAACGAGCGUGUUAUGCAGAGUGUUCAAUGGGAUCCCAUCCUAGGUUGUUUGGCUCAACAUAACGAAUUCCACGGCCAGGUAGCUGCGAUACUUGGUCAACACCAUCGGAUGAGAAUAUUCAAUGCGGCUUCACCGGGGACGGAGCCAUCGCUACCUGCAUUGAACGCAGACCUCCUGCACCGGGAUCGCAUCCGCUCCUCGGUUUUCCGGAUCUCUGGUUUCGGCGCUGAGGACCACACGAACGCGGAGGACUGUCUGUAUGAAGGACUGGGCCGGAAUUACCAGUCCGAACGCCGUUCGCAAGUGUUCACUCUCUGCAGAAUUCUCUACGAAGAUAUCCCCUCUGCCGAGGACGUCACGCUGGACUCCUUGGUUGCACGUCUUUGGAAAUUUUUUACCAAGUCCAGCACAGUACACGGAGCCACUUCUACGAUCGACGCAACGCGGAUCAAGUACGAUGCAAUGUGGCUCACGGAGUCCGGCGAGUUUGUUUCCAGUCAGUGGUGCAGUAUCCAUCGGCUUCUCUGCUCGGAGACGGCUCGGCCAAACAGAUAUGCCGUAAUGCUGUGGUUGUCGACGUUGGCAUUCUCCAGGAAGAUAAACAUGAUUGUCUUGCACGUUCUUGCUGCGCUGUACAUUGUACCCGGUAUGGCCUCGAUGACCUUACCAGCACAGGGUUUAUACCGGCUACAAGAAGGUUCCGAGUUGAACGUCGCCGAACUGAAGACUCGGAUCCAUUCAGCAAGGCGGACCGUGACCCCCGAAGAUGGCCUCUCGCCCGGCCCGGCGGAAUCGUAUAGCACGUUUCAUGCGCGCGUGGCGAAGCUGAGAAAGACAAAGCGGAAAAAGGCACUGGGUCAUUUCAUAGCCGGCCUACAGACACAGUGGCCGACCCGAUGCCCCUCACAUCCCAUAUCUGAUGAAGAGCCGCCAUUCGCAGAUUAUUUUGUCCCACAAAAAGCGAUGCAAGUUUCAAAGGCAGCAAUGUCAACUUGGUUCGAUAACCGAGAGCUUAGGCAGUAUCUUGAUAGGAUUGCAGCCGUUUACACCGCCCAAAAGAUCCAACCCAUCACAAUGCCACCAUGUCUCUGCCGGUGCUGGGAACGCCCCCCAGACCGACGGCGUGCUUUCAUCUCCGUGGAUGACAUAGUGGACGGGUCGCUUGGUCCACCACCGGCGGUGGAAAUGGAACCACCCAUCCUACCACCUUGGUCGGGCAGUAGCACUACUCCGGACCAAAAUCUAAAUUUGUCAAGCUUAGUCGAUUCCAUAGAAUCACAAGCGCAAUCUCAAUUCCAAAAGCAGUACAUUGAGAGACUGCGGGCCAGUAUGACAUCCUUGCAGGGUAUCCAGCAUAUGGAUCAUCGCUUGCCCGAGGAUGUCGUUCUUGAGACCGUCAUACCCGAUCAUUUCCAUCGCUGCCACGAGCACCAUGAGAAGAUCAGCCGUGCAAUCAUGUCGAGGAUGAUGCUUUCCAAUACGAUGACAGGAGAGGUACAUCCCGGAUCACACACGGAGCGCAAUAUACUGGGAACAUUUGCCAAUAUCCACGUCUGGCCGAGGGUAUCAUCAUCACAGCUUCUUCUCCAUCAGCUGACGCGCAAACGCUGGAAUCACCUGCCUGAGCCCUGGAAGGAAUGCUUGGUCGCGUAUGGAUGUUCCAUCACGGCACUCCAGCGGGCGAAGAGGCUCGUCAACGCGAUGGGUCAUCGCAUGGAUCUAGCCCGCGAACUGCAGAACCCCGGUCACACGAACUGGAACCCAAUGGAUUUCCCCGAGUCAUUGCUGCUAGAGAUCGAGAGUGGGGUGUUGAUUCGGGACGUCCAGGAACAGAUCGCGCGACGCAUGCGAAAUGCGCAGCCCGGACAGAAUGUCAUCAUGCAACUGAAUAUGGGCGAGGGCAAGUCUUCCGUCAUCGUCCCCAUCGUGGCAGCCGCGCUCGCAGACCGUUCAUGCCUAGUUCGCAUCAUUGUCCCUAAGCCCCAGUCACGUCAGAUGUUUCAGAUGCUCGUUUCGAAGCUGGGGGGCCUUUUAGGGCGGCGGGUGUAUUAUCUCCCCGUGUCACGCUCGUUGCAGAUCGGGGAACCAGAGGCGGAAGAGAUCGAAUAG